GCGUUUCAUUCAUGAAAAUUGAAUAUUGAGUUCAUGGAUCAGCUAAGUGAAUAGAAAAGGCUAAACACCAUAUUGUUUUUCUGUUCUCAUUUUCCUCUAUUUGUAUAUUAUAUAUAUUCUUUCUAUUGUCUUCAAGAUCGUUGGCUCUUAUGUGAACGAACGUGUAAAAAUUGGCCAUUUAAAGCAUCUGGGCAUUGCUAUUCUGACUUAAUUAUUGCUCAGAAAAAGCUUACUGGGGUUGUUCUUGGAUUUCAUCGGCGGUAGUCCUGUGAUUCUUGAUGCUGACCUAACAGGAGGUUCUUUAUGGGUCUUUUUUAACUUCGUCAACAUAAUUCAUGCUUGGUUUAAGAAAAUGGAGACGUUUAUGGCGUUAUGUGGUAUUGUUCAUCUUCUUCUUUAGCAUUGACUUUCUCAGUUAUUUAUUUAAAGUACAAACAGUAUGAAGAAUCUUUUAAAGAAGUUACACAUCAUGCCUAAUCAAACUUCGGAUAUGGACUCAGAAGGGUCUACUUCUUCUUCUUCAAAGGGUAAUCAAAAGUUGAUUGAUGUUUCACCAUCAAUUGAGAGCCUUCCCCAAUCUCAAUCCCAUGAACACCAUAAGCCCUUAUCUGGUAUUUCUGGAUGGCUUAAUUCAGUUACUAAUAGGCAAAGUCCUAGUCCUAGCCCUCCAUCCUCUUCAAAUGUGAAGAUACCAGAUAAGAAUGAAGAGUUUGAUUCAAUGAGUAGUGAUGCACUGGAUGCCGCAAUGGAAGCCGUUAGAGCCGGAGAUUCAGGGUCUGGAAUGUCGAGGGAUCCGGAGGUGGAGGAAGAGUACCAAAUACAGUUGGCUUUAGAGUUAAGUGCAAGGGAGGAUCCUGAAGCUGUGCAGAUUGAAGCUGUUAAGCAGAUCAGUUUGGGCACCUGUCCUCCAGAGAAUACUCCCGCUGAAGUCCUUGCAUACCGAUAUUGGAAAUACAGUGCUCUUAGCUAUGAUGAUAAGAUCCUGGAUGGAUUCUACGAUUUGUAUGACAUUUCGACGCAAGCUUUAUCAUCAAAAAUGCCUUCCCUUGUGGAUUUACAAGGAACCCCACUGUCAGAUAAUAUCACCUUGGAAGCAGUUCUUGUCAACAAGGCUACGGAUGUUAAGCUGUUACGACUCGAACAAAGUGCACUGGAAAUUGCUGUCAAAUCAACAUCAGAAUCUCUGAGCCCUUCAGGCCACAAUAUGGUGCAGAGACUUGCCGCUUUAGUUUCUAAUCACAUGGGUGGGCCGGUUGGGGAUCCAGACAAGAUGUUGCUUGCAUGGAGAAAUUUCAGCUACAAACUGAAGGCAACUCUUGGUAGCAUAGUUUUGCCUCUUGGCUCACUAAAAGUUGGGAUGGCAUGUCACCGUGCCUUGCUUUUCAAGGUUUUGGCAGAUAGUGUCGGUAUCCCUUGCCGCUUGGUGAAAGGGAAGCAAUAUACCGGCUCUAGUGACGUUGCAAUGAACUUCAUAAACAUUGGUGAUGGAAGGGAAUACAUUGUUGAUUUAAUGGCAGACCCUGGAACACUUAUCCCAUCUGACACAGCAGGAGGAUUCCACGUUGAUCGUGAGGAAUCUUCUUUUUCAUCAAGUCCAUGGUCCAGAGAUGACGAUUCCUCUCGUUUAACUUCAAGAGGCGGUCUUACUAGUUCAUCUGAUGAAUGCUCUGUGUUUGGGAUGCAAGAGAAGACGGCCUGGUUUAGCAACCUGGAUUCCACCGGAGACAGAUCUGAUGAUGGAACUAUUCAACAUACACGGUCAUCAGGUUUGACACAACAGACCAAACCUGAGCAAGUACCCAAGAAAUGUUUACCCUUAGUUCCGUACAAAAUACAGAGGGAGAACAAAGUUGGUGAAAUUCCUUUGAGGGCUUCUCAUCACAGCCAUGCAAGAUCUCCUUCCUGGACAGAAGGUGUCAGCUCCCCUGCAGCACGCAAAAUGAAGGUAAAAGAUGUUUCACAAUACAUGAUUGAUGCUGCAAAAGAAAAUCCUCAGCUAGCCCAGAAACUGCACGAUGUAUUACUUGAGAGUGGUGUUGUUGCUCCUCCAAACCUGUUUACUGAAGUUUACGAUGAACAAGAGGAUAUGCCCCUUAGUCAAGACAAAGAAGAAAACAGUAAGUGGGAUAGGAAAAGGACUACUGAGGGUCAAGGUCAUUUAGAUCAUCCUCGCUUCUUACCUAUUUUACCUUCCCAUGAUGCACACGCUAAAACAAAAGCCUCCAGGCAACUGGAGCAUGCUUCGUCACAAUGUGAGGUCAAUCCAGUGCUAUAUGCCACAAAAGUUCCAGCUGCUGCUGCUGCAGCGGCAGCAGCUGCUGUUGUUGCAUCUACAAUGGUGGUUGCUGCUACAAGAACUACAACUGAUCCAAACAUAGAACUACCUGUAGCAGCUGCAGCCACAGUGACAGCUGCAGCAGUGGUGGCGACAGCAACCGCUGGUGUUGACAAGAAGUAUGAGCCCUCUGGUUUUACACCAGCUGGUUUGCCUGAUUCCGGUAAUCUAAUGGACUGUCCGAGAAAAGAUCGUGAUGAAGAAUUUGGUAAUUUACAAGCCAGGGGCAUUAGUGAGAAUGAUUUGUCACGAGUAUGUUUGUUAGGGGAGAGAGUAUCCGAUAGGUCUACAGGCAACGAUAGCACAAAAUCUGAAGUCUCCCUUGAAGAUGUUGCAGACUGUGAGAUAGCAUGGGAGGAUAUCACCUUGGGUGAGCGUAUUGGAUUGGGAUCAUAUGGAGAGGUUUAUCGUGGUGAUUGGCAUGGAACUGAAGUUGCUGUUAAGAAGUUCUUAGACCAAGAAAUAACUGUUGAAUCCCUUGAGGAAUUCAAAAGUGAGGUUGGUAUCAUGAAAAGAGUUCGGCAUCCCAAUGUGGUGCUCUUCAUGGGAGCUGUAACGCGUGCUCCACAUCUUUCAAUUGUUACUGAAUUUCUGCCUAGAGGUAGUUUGUAUAGAUUAAUCCACCGGCCCAACAAUCAACUGGAUAUUCGACGGCGUUUGAGGAUAGCCCUUGAUGCUGCUCGUGGUAUGAAUUAUCUUCACAACUGCACUCCAAUUAUUGUUCACCGUGAUUUAAAGUCCCCGAAUCUCCUUGUUGAUAAAAAUUGGGUUGUGAAGGUUUGUGAUUUUGGGUUGUCAAGGAUGAAGCACAGCACGUUCCUUUCAUCAAGGUCUACUGCGGGGACGGCAGAGUGGAUGGCUCCAGAGGUCCUAAGAAAUGAACCUUCAGAUGAGAAGUGUGAUGUUUUCAGCUUUGGCGUCAUUUUAUGGGAGCUUUGUACAUUGCAACAACCAUGGGGUGGAAUGAACCCCAUGCAAGUUGUUGGUGCUGUUGGUUUUCAGCAUCGUCGUCUUGAAAUUCCUGACGACGUGGACCCCGCCAUUGCCGAUGUUAUUAGAAGAUGUUGGCAAACGGAUCCGAGAUUACGGCCCUCGUUUUCUGACAUCAUGUCCACUUUGAAGCCUCUUCAAAAGCCAAUUACUAGUUCAAAAACCGGACGGGGCUAAACCAAGUGGAUUGGCUUAAACAGCUGCGUACAUUUAUUCCUCUGGCAUCAGUCGAUGGUAGAGAUUGGUUUCAAGACAGCCAUCCGAAUUUGAAGAAAUAGUGAUUCGUUUUUUUUCUGUUGUAUUUUUAUCUACUUUCAGCUUGCUCAUGUGACCGCCCUUUGUAAAUUCAUAUAACCGAUUGUAAAAAACAUUAUUUCUAGCUGAUAUAUAUGACUUAAU